AUGUCUUUUAUCGGCAGGAGAGGCAUUAUAGGGCCCGCGUAUCUUUCAUUGGGUACACAAAAUAGCUAUGGCUACUCACGUUCACUUUCAACAUUACCUGACAGUGAGCCAUCAGGUACCAUUGGUAAAUUGGUUGCCAUUGUAGCAGAAAGGCUAGGCGUGGGCGAAAUGGCCACUAAUGGUCUUCAGCUUGCGGUUAUUGGAGGUGCUUUGGCGGGUGCUCGAUAUUUUGGUGGAUUUUUGGUGGACUUUCUCAAAAAACGUGUGGUUGUUACGGCUAGCUUUGAUAGUCGCGACGAAUCUUAUAGUUGGGUUCUCAAUUGGUUGAACGAGCAUCCAUACAGUCAGCGUACCACCCAGUUUUCUGUCAGUACAUCUAUUACAUCAUCAGGAAGCUCUUCACUAGGAGAAGAUCGGGAUAAGAGGUUCCCGCCUGUCUACUUUUUGCCUGCUCCCGGCAUCCAUCUGCUCAUGUAUAAUAAUAGACUGUUAUGGCUUAAUAGAGAACUAUCUCAAAACUCUGCGGCGGCUGUAACAAAGUCAUCUCUUGAAAGAAUUCACAUUAGUACGUUUGGUCGAUCCAGAGAUGUUCUACAGCAGCUUGUACUUGAUGCCCAACAAAAGUUUAUUGAUAGAGAUCUUAGUCGUACAGUAGUCUUUGCUGCGGAUGGUUAUGGUAAUUGGCGCCGAACACGAUCAAGACCCAAGAGACCCCUUAGUACAAUUGUUAUUCCUCCAUGUCUCAAAACACAGUUGGUAUCAGAUGCCAAGGAAUUCUUAGUAUCAGAAAAAUGGUAUAGUGAUCGAGGAAUUCCUUAUCGUCGAGGAUAUCUUUUGUAUGGAACACCUGGCUCAGGCAAGACAAGCUUCGUGUAUUCGCUUGCUGGUGAACUUGGGCUUAAUAUAUAUGUGGUAAGCUUGAGUAACAAAGGUUUGACCGAUGACACACUUGGUGAACUAGUGUCUGAUGUAGAUGCUGCAUUUGUUCAUCGUAACAGAGCCGAUGGAAGUGGCACCAAUAGCGUGACCUUUUCAGGUCUCUUGAAUGCAAUUGACGGUGUGGCAGCACAAGAAGGAAGAAUUCUUUGCAUGACUACAAACCAUAAAGAAAAACUAGAUCCUGCAUUGAUCAGACCAGGUCGCAUCGACGUUAGAGUUCAUUUUGAGAACGCGACUCAAGAACAGGCUCGUGAAUUGUUUACAAAGUUUUACCCUGGCUUAACAGAGACCGAAAGUCGGGAACUGUCAGAAACAUUUGCUGCUCGUAUUCCGAAUCUGAAGUUCAGUAUGGCUCAUCUCCAAGGGUUUUUGAUGGGACACAAGGGUCUUCCUAUCAGAGCGGUUGAUGAGGUUGAUUCCUGGGUGGAAUCCCACAAAGAUGGCCCUCCCAAAGAUACGUCUUCUGAAAAUGAACCGCUUGACGCUUGA